GCACCUGGGGGCAGGGAGGCGGCCGCACGCGGGGAAUGGCCCCAAAACUCCGGGAUCGGCCCCGGAGGGCGAAGCCCGCCGCGGAGGGGUCGCUCAGCUCCGCGUAUAUUAUUUAGUUAAAUUCGUGGAAAUUCUGAGGCGCACACAAAUCCGGUGAUCGGCUCCCCGCCUCCCCAUUGGCCGGGCCGGUCACAUGCACGCCUAACUUUAUUCAGUUGACAGCAAGUAGGAGGGCUCUAUGGAAGGAGAAAAAAAGACAACACGAGAAAAAUUAGUAUUUUCUACCUUCCGAAAUUAAUGGCCAUGAGUUCGUAUAUGGUGAACUCUAAGUAUGUGGAUCCCAAAUUUCCUCCUUGCGAGGAAUAUUUGCAGAGCAGCUACCUAGGCGAGCAGGGGGCCGAGUAUUACGGGGCCUCGCAGGGCUCCGAUUUCCAGCACCAGGGGCUCUACCCACGGUCAAACUACAGCGAGCAGCCCUUUGGCUGCGCCGGUGCCCAGGGCUCUGCCGUGCAGCCGCGGGGUCACGGACAGGAGCAGUCCGCCCCUCCGAGCCACUUCCCCGGCCAAGCCGAGCAUUGUCCUCCGCCUCCAAUGUCCAACUCCCGAGCCUGCGGCCAGCAGCCAGCCCUCAAAGCCCCCCACGGGUCAGCAGUUAAGCAGCCAGCAGUAGUUUAUCCCUGGAUGAAGAAAGUCCAUGUUAACUCGGUGAACCCCAAUUACAGCGGAGGGGAACCUAAGCGCUCCCGAACAGCUUACACCAGGCAGCAAGUCCUAGAACUGGAAAAAGAAUUUCAUUUUAACAGGUACCUGACCCGGCGCCGCCGUAUCGAGAUAGCGCACACUUUGUGUCUCUCUGAGCGCCAGAUCAAGAUCUGGUUUCAGAACAGAAGAAUGAAGUGGAAAAAAGACCACAAACUGCCCAACACUAAGGGCAGGUCUUCCUCCUCCGCUUCUAACCCCCACUUACAGACUGUUCCCAAGGACCAUCAGACUGACUUGACAACUUUAUAGAAGAGGUGAAAUUUUCCAUUUCAUCCUUCGAUUCUGACCAGUACUGUACAUAAGUGACACUAUCCAAGCAGAACCUGCGUGUAGCAGCCAAGGACUCGAGAAACUGCCAUCUCUCCGUAAGGUACUGUGGUACAAAGGAGACUGAAUGACGCUACUCCGGACUUUAUUUUAUUUGCCUCUCGCUAGCACAGAAAGAAAGGGGGGGAAAAAAAGCAUCAUACAGGCAGUAGGAAUUGGGAAAGUCUUAAACGAGACCUUCUGUCCAUAAAAAGUAAUAAAUCAUUG